GGGAUAAAAUGUGGGAAGUGGAGGGUGAAUUGAAAGAGUGGUGGGCAAGGGAGAGAAGAAAAAGAAAAGAAGAAUAUUAUGAUGAUGAUGAUGACGAUAAUGAAGAAGUACGGAGGAGGUUGGGUUUUGGGAGGUGUUGUUGCUGUCGUCUCGUUUACUGUUAUGUUAUUGUUAGUGCUGCUUCGGCAACGUAAGAGAUUUGUCUUGCACCCCUUUCUAACUCCAUCAUCAUCAUCCCCAUCCACAUCGCUUUCGGUCUCCGAUUCUACCAAUCCCAACUUGAGGACCUCAAAAUUUGUAACAGAUGCAGAUUUGAAGUUUUUAAUUGAGACUUUGGAUGAGAAACUCAAUGAGAGUGAUAAAUGGGAGGAUGUUAUAGAUAAAAGAAAUCAGCAACUAUGCUACACUGCGAAGUGCUGCAAGCCUAAGGUUAUUGCUUUUAUGCUUAAUUCUGAUUUUUUUGGGGGGGGGGCUGUUAACUUGGUCUUUUUGCUAUAAUUGUUAUGAUAACAUGAUGCUUUCAUAAAUGUUAUGCAUCUGAUGAUCUGAAGUUUAGGAUGUUUUAAUUGUUAUAUGGUGAGUAAUGCUUCUCUAGGUGUUUCUUCGUUUUCUCUCUUGCACAAUGUGCUGGCAGGCACAGACAAACACAAAUGCUGAAUCAAUCCAUCCUCUAGAGCAUUUUAUCUUCUAUGUUGCAUAUUUAUUUUUCAGUAGUGGCAACUUAGUAUGUACACCAGCUUCAACAAGAGUAAAAUAUUGAUUCUCUCUUUCUUGCACAAUUUUGUCUGUAAUUAAUUAAUUGAUAGUUAUAAGAGGUUACAUCUUUUUCCUGGGUUCGCCUUCCAGC